GAGGCCACCACACGGGGGCGAAAUCGCGUCGUUCUCGUCGCGCGGACUAACUAGUGUGGCCUGUCACCCGCUUUUUUGUGACAGAUGUUUUGCGCAAUUAAUCCGCUUUGUUAAUUCGCGGUCGCGAGCGUGUACGAGGGCUAUACGCGCUCGAGCCCCCCCCCGUCCCCCCGCGGUUCCACGAGCGCGUUAUAGAGCCACGCGUCACCACCGCGCCCGUCUUGUCUUGUGCUGUCAUCGUGUCGGACAGUGUCGGAAAAGUCGGAGAGAGCCAUCGGGAGAGCCCGGAACGGACGAGAGAAGGAGGGACGAGCGAGCGAGCGAGCGAGCGAGGAGGAAGGAGAACGCGCCUCGUCAAAUGUCUCGCGGACGAGGUGGUUAGAUAUCUUCGGUGGUGAGAAACAGAGAGAGAGAGAAAGAGAAAGAGAAAGAAAGAAAGAGAGAGAGACAGAGGGACAGGAAGAGAGACAGAGAGAGAUAGAGAGACUCGGCCAGCUGGUCCUGCGAGUUUCGUGGUCGCCACUCUCUCUCACGUCGCCGCAAACGCCAGGAAGCAUCGUUCCGUGGAAGCGCCCGGGGGGUCGUGGGUGAGCGAUAACGAUCGCUCUCGGGGAAGCUCUCAGCGGCGGCGGCGGCGGCAAGCCCGUGCUCAUCAUCGCCGGCGACAAUGGCAAAGACGUACGACUAUUUAUUCAAGCUGCUGCUGAUCGGCGACUCCGGCGUGGGCAAGACCUGCGUGCUGUUCCGUUUCUCCGAGGACGCGUUCAACACCACCUUCAUCUCGACCAUCGGCAUUGACUUCAAGAUCCGUACCAUCGAAUUGGACGGGAAGAAAAUUAAGCUACAAAUAUGGGACACCGCUGGACAGGAGAGGUUUCGCACCAUCACCACGGCGUAUUAUCGCGGCGCGAUGGGCAUCAUGUUGGUGUACGACGUUACAAACGACAAAAGUUUCGAGAACAUUAAGAACUGGAUUCGUAAUAUAGAGGAGAACGCGUCGGCGGACGUGGAGAAGAUGUUGUUAGGCAAUAAGUGCGAGCUCACAGACAAGAGGCAAGUGACGAAGGAGAGGGGCGAGCAACUGGCUGUGGAGUACGGCAUUAAGUUUAUGGAAACCUCGGCGAAGUCUAGUAUCAAUGUGGAGGAGGCUUUUUAUACUCUGGCACGCGAUAUCAAAGCGAAAAUGGAAAAGAAACUGAAGGAGGCAUCGAAUCCACCGAAAGGCGGCGGUCAUCAGUUGAAAGCUUCAGAACCACAGAGGAAGCCACCUAGUUGGCUCGCCCGUUGUAUUAUACUCUGACCCCCCAAAUAUUUUCAACCGUUCGAGGAGGCGCAUCUAUUUACUAUCAUUAUUUACUUAUGUUCAUUUCGUCGAACAAAACCGAUGUUCCAUGGAACUCUUCACAUCCCAAGUAUCGGGUACAGCGGGUAUAUUCCUUGACAAUGAAACGUCAUUCGCGUCGUAAUUGAGGACCCGGAAAUUAUUCGCAUGAGUGUAUCUUUUUCUUUUUUGCCGAAGAAACCCUCAGAGGAGAAAGUAUUGAAAUUUUUUUAUUAUUAUCAUAUAUAUAGAGAAGAAGAGUGAGAGUGCAUAUCGUUUUAGUUGAUACAACUGCUACAGUUUGUUAUGCAAAUAUUGUUAAUCGAUAUAAUUAAAAGGACUUAGGUGAAAUAGUUCCACCCUCUCCCACCUCGUGAUGACUUGAAGUUGACUGGGAUCUGUAAUCCCAUCGCGAUGUGAUCUGUUGUAUUCUGUCGUCUAUUGAAAAAAAAAAAAAAAACAAAUUUACGAUGUAAUUUAUUAAAUCAGGUAACAAAAUAUUACAUGUGAUAUAUUAAACAAUGAACUUCUCCUCUGGUUUUCUUAUAUAUCAAGGGUAAUGGUCGAUUUUGUCUCUAGCGAGAGAUCACUGUUUUUAAGUGUAAAAGUACGUGUUACUUAAUUUUUAUGGCAACGGGAUGAAGUAUACGGUCUUUCUUAUGCACGAAAAUUCCGCAAUUCAUAUUUCAGUAUAAUUUUUUUUUUUACAUCGUAUGUGUUUCUCUUUGUCGGAGGACCAUGUGUCUGUAAAAGUAUAAAUAUAUGUAGAAACAUACAUCACACACACCGUACAACAUCACAUACAAUGACUAAAAGUAAGGGGGAAAAAAAAAGUAAAAUAAAAUUAAGAUUAAGCAGUAUAGGUAUCACAAUCGUUUUUAUACUGUUACUAAGCAGAUAUAGCUUUUUCACAAAAUUAACGGGAAAACGUAUAAAGUGUACUAGAGCAUUAACUGAUGUAACUAAAAAUGCCUUGUGACGAAUUGAACAAGAACUUUAUAGAGACAAUUUUGUUAUAUCACGGAUAGUCAUAGAAUUUUUAUUAGGUCUAAAAGAGAGAGAGAGGGAGGGAGAGAGAAAGAGAGGCGAGCGUAAGGUACGCGAAGCUUAUCUUCCGGCGGAUUUACUUUGCAUCUAGAGGUAGAUUCGUUUUUACAGGAAUCUGCAGUAAAUUGAAAGAAGAAGAAAAAAAAAUAAACAAAUCUCUUUCGUUCGCUGGUUGUCAUGAUGUGCAUCUUGCAAGUUUGCAUUUUUAUGAUCGGAACUUGUUCAACUUAUACUUAAAUAUACAAAACGAUUAUUAUAA